UCAGAAUAUUCUAAAUUUAUUUUCCAAAAUUCCAACCUGAGAAUAUGAUAAGCUCAUAAAUUAUUUUGAUUAAUGGUCUUAAGAAGGCAUAUAACAUUUUUAUUCUUAGGCUGGACCUGGAUGAGAUAUGGAUUUUGUGAAGUAUCAAAUGAAACAGUGUAUGCCAUUACUUUUGAUGGUAGUAUUUAUAGUAUUAACAAAAGUUUUGGCAUUAUCAAUUGGAAAAUUCAGUUUUCUUCAGUUACUCAAGUUAUGAUGAAUUCCCAUGUUAAUGACGUCUUAUUUCCUAAUCCUAAAGAUGGAACCCUUUAUAUAAAUUCUAUUGAGUCUGGAAAGUUAAAAUUAUUACCCUAUACAAUUCCGGAGUUGGUACAAAUAUCUCCAACAAUCACAAAAAAUGGAAUAAUUUAUACUGGCGGAAAAAUGGAUCAUUGGUACUUGAUUGACCCCUCUAAUGGGGCCAUAAUAAACGCAUUGAAAGACAAUGAAGGCUUUUACGACAAGUGCUCGGUUCAAGAUCCUUACGCUUCUACUGAGCCAGAAGUGGAAUCAGGAGAAAGGUUGUCAACCCCAGAGGAGCGGAAAGAGAAGACUGCCGAAUACAUGCUGCGUGUGGUUAAAACAGUAUACACCCUUACGGCUUUCGAUACUAAAACCUCCAGCCAGCUGUGGAACGUUACUUAUUUAGCUUAUAAGAUUUUUGGCCCGUCAAUCACGCCUAUCAGCCAACCGCCUGUCGUCCAAAUUAAUUAUUCUGACCACCACCCUUUGACAAGUCGGGAGCUAGAAGAAGAUCUUGAAAUUAACCAUUCGAAUGAGAGAAAACAAAUGACUGAUCAAUCGGGGGCCCAGAUAACAAAAAGGUCACAUGAUCAAUAUUUGUUGACUAAUCCGGAGCUAAAAGAAGAGUUUGGAUACAAAUUAUCAACCCGUGAGAGCUUUUUGAGCGAUUGUCAAAGGGGUCAACUCUUAUUGCUCAACAAUACUAAUUCCAAAAUUAAAUGGUCUAUAGACCUGACAUCCCCCGUUAUAUCUUUAUACGCUGGCUCUACUUUUUCUUCCUCCCAUCGGUCACUUUUGAAAGUCGUUUCCCAACACUCGCAUCCGUCUGUGCAUCACGUUCAAGAGGAAUUAAUUUAUCCAAUCGACUUCAUAACCGUCUCAAUCCCCGAUUUUUUGAAAAAACGAACUAGAUUUAGAAUCCAAAAUUGCAAUCAAAAUAUUAUAAGAAAUGGUCAUUAUAUUUUUAAUUACUCAGUCGAAACACAUUUUAGCAAGCCAAAGAAUAAGGUCAAUUAUCCUAAACAUGCUCAUAAGGAUAAUCCGACUUUAAAUUCGAAUAGCCGAAAUAUCUGUCCGAUUAACUCUUGUAAAAAAUCAAAUCAUUUUGCCACUUUACCCGAGAUAAAAGUUGGUCAUUUUUCGAAUGAAAAGAUUUCCCGCGAAAAAGUAAACAGCUGUCUCAGAGAUUGGGAUUGGGGGUUGGAACCGGUAGCUGCUCUAUUUUUAGGACGGGCCUUUACAACCUCGGUCGUCUCUAGACCGAAUUCGUUUACCACCGAAAUCCCUAAAAAUAUUAAUAGGAAUGGGGAAAAUAUAACUAGCCAUUUCAAAAAAGACGAAAUUACUAAAAAUGGUAUGCUAAGACAUAUGUCUAAGGAAUUGAAUGACUUUGAGAAGCCUACGAAUCCCGAAAACCCGAGGCAAGAUGACACUUUUUCUCCUAAAAAAGAAAUAGUUAAUUAUCAUUUGACCAUAGCAGAUUACGAUAGACCAUCAUCUUUGAGUGUGGAUUCCUUUUUCGCUCUUCCGACGCUCGUUUCUUCGGAUCGGUCACGCCCUCUUGCCAAGAAGUUUUUAAGACAGCAAACUCGCCCGAUAAGCAUGAUUGGCAUAGAGGAUAAAUCUUCCAAACUUUUCCCUACUUUUCGAAAGUCCAUCACCCCUCAACACCUCAAUCAGAAUGGCCCUGUCAAUCAAAAAGAGAUUAGUGACACGCUUUUUGAUAUUCUGCGGAAAAUAGAGAGCAAACCCGUUUCCGAUCGUUUUGCUGAGACCUUUAAGAACUCGAAUUCUCAUCUCGAUUCCUGUAACGAUAAAAAAAUUAAAAGAUCGUCGAUCAAACAUAGUGGACCCAGAAAUAGUUUAAAAGAGAUAGACGAAAAUGUCCAUGAUUCUAAUAUUGUAAAUAAUAUACUCGAUUCCCAAAAACUUGAAGAGCCCGCAGCUGUUAACACGAAAUCUGAUUUGUUAUCUGGCCGAUUUCAUCCAUUUCCCGUAGAAGUUAUUCCAGUAACCGACCUUUUUUCUUCACAUUACUCGUAUCCUUAUCCCUUUCAAUCCUCCUUCCUUCGUUCUACACCUCUUCAUUCAACCACUUCUGACCAAGAUAUGGAUUUAAAUCCCGCCCUCGUUUGGUUCCACCCCCCUGACCAGCUCGCUCCCCCUGGAGCACAAUUGGCUUUAUACAACAAGCCGGGAAAUGGGGUAAAAAGCAAUGGCUAUUACGAUUACCUAAAUAGUUACGGUAUUGGGAACAAUCUUUCGAAAGAUUUGGGAUUUUAUUAUCCUAUAAUAGACGGGGAAAGGCAGAAGCAGAACUAUUACAAUUAUGCUGUAUCGAUUUACAUCAUUUUGUUGACAUUGGCGUUUCCCUUCAUUUUGUUAUGGCACUCGAGCGUUCGAUUCACUCAAUUAGCUCUCCGUUUUCUUCCUGGCAUCAUUCGUGUUAACAUGCAUAUGGAUUUAGGCAAAUGUUUUAAUGAAAUAUCGAAAAGACAAGGGCGCCUUGUCAAAAUUGGCAAAAUAGUUUGCAAUACUGAACGCGUGCUCGGUUACGGUUCUUUCGGUACUGUCGUUUACGAGGGAACUUUCGAGAAUCGUAAAGUAGGCGUCAAACGGCUUCUUAUUCUCGAUAACAGCAAUCACUCACAUUCUUCUAAUAUCUCUGAUAGACUUACAUCACAGGCGCGUCGAGAAGUCCGGGCCCUGAUUCGCUGCGACAGACAUGAUCAUGUGAUUCGAUAUUUUGUAACCGAAACUCUUGGGGACUUCAUAUACAUAGCUCUAGAGUUGUGCAUGGUAUCAUUCGAGGCCUGCUUCAAAGCCAACAAUCUUUUAGAUUGUCCGUUGAAACCUUAUGACUCUACUACGGGCCCCAAUCAGAAUGGUUUUAACGCAUCUCUCCCAAUAAACUGGCUAUCAGAUUGGUCAGAUUCAGGUCAUGUAGGCGUAGAAAAAUCGAUUUCCAUUAGUCAGUUUCACAGCGAUGGCCACGUGAUCCGCAGUUGUCACGCUGGCUUUAACGCGCGUUCAAUUGACCAAAAGGAUCGCCAAAUGCCCGAAAACGACAAAUCUAAAAAUGAUGAACAAAUUUGGGAAGACGUACUGAAUCGCAUUAGUGCUCGCGAACUCUGCUCUCAAAUGUUGAGCGGAUUGAGUCAUCUCCAUUCACAUAAUAUAGUUCACCGGGACCUAAAACCUUCCAAUAUCCUCAUAACAUUUUCCGACUCUCAAAAUCGAAUUCGUGCCGUUAUAUCAGAUUUUGGCAUUUCAGCUAAUUUUUCAUCUGCUUCUGGUAGCAAUAGCUGGGCCUCCACUUCGGGGGCGGGAGGCGGAACGUUGGGUUGGAACGCGCCAGAAAUUUUGAGGAAAAUGGGGGACAGCGACGGAAAAACCAAUGAUUACUCCUCGGACCUUUUUUCCGCUGGUUGUGUGAUGUUCUAUGUAAUAACCCGCGGGUGCCACCCGUUUGGCGGGACCGACCCUUUCGAAAGGCAAAUCAAUAUACUUUCCGGCAAAUGCGAUUUGAAACAAUUAUCUCAUCAAACUAAUGACGACAUUUGCCUGCGUCAUCUAUUGAAUCAAAUGUUAUCGACUGAUCCCCAGAUGAGACCUUUGGCUAAAACCUGCAUUAACCACCCUUACUUCUGGACAGACGAAAAAAGACUCCAAUAUUUAUUGGACCUAAGUGAUUUGUUAGAAAAAGCGGAUUCGAAAACGGAAUUAGUAAAACGUCUUGAAAAAUAUUCGACAUUCGUUUUGGAAGGGGGAGAUUGGAAAAGUCGGAUAGAUUCUGAGUUGUCUUGCGAACUAAGGAAAUACCGCAAUUAUAGAACGGAUAGUGUUAGGGACUUACUCAGGGCUCUUAGAAAUAAGAAGCACCACUACCAAGAGUUGCCAGACACUCUGAAGCUUUCCUUAGGACCAAUCCCAGGGAAAUUUUUGGAAUAUUUCACUUCCAGAUUUCCAUACUUGUUGAUUCAUUUGUACACCACUUAUCAAACUUUAAUGAACCAUAAAAAUCAUAAAGAUAUUCGUAUUUUCGACAAAUACUUUUAAGUAGUUAAGUUUAUAUUCACCUUUAUUCUUUAUAUUUUAAAUCAAUUCGUUUCUCGUCAUAUCUCAAGUGACGAGAUAGAAUGUAGAAAUAAAAAAUUAGCAAAUUUUUAUUAUUUUUUAGCGAUAUUUAAUUAAUAUAUAUUUUUUUUGUAAGAAUCGCCUAUUCAUUUUUUUUUAAAUUAUAGAAUGGCAAUAUAUCUAAAAAAGCUAGAGAGAAAAAAAUUGUAUAUUUAUUUUAACCUUUUUCAUUCUAUACGUUUAAUAUUUUAUAUGAAUAUCGGUGCUAUAAACCUGGGAUUUAUAUUUUUUCUAUUGUAAUUUAUUAAAUCAUGUUUUUUUAGUAUUAAUCAAUUUCGUUUCCUAAAACAUCUUUCCCUCAAUCGCAUUGUCGUUACAGUAGUUGUUUUUUAUUACAAACCUUCUGAUAAUAAAAAAUUAAUUCUCUCUUAUUUCAUUUGAUUAGCAAUAAAAUCCUUAUAAAAUAAUAACACAAGGAAUUCAAUAUGACUAAGAAUUAUUCAUCACAUGAUCUCUCGUCAUCCUAAUUUUCUUAAAUAGUAUAUUUAUAACACGUGAUUAUCCAUUUAUUUAUCUAUAUAAAAAUGUUUAUCAUUCCUUAAUAUAAUUUAUUUAUUCGAGAAAUUA